AUGGAUGAUUUAGGAGCGUGCGAUUGCGGUCGGCCUAACUCAGCAGACAUAGGAAUGGUAGCGUGCGAUGCGUGUAGUGCAUGGUACCAUUACUCUUGCGCGGGUGUAACCCCGGGGGUGGAAAAUCGUCCUUGGAAAUGUUGGAAGUGUUCAUUAGUAUCAAAACCACCGGCUUCGAGCACGGGAGCAACAAAGAAGAAAACAACGAAGAAAUCGUUAAAGCCGGAUGGCAGCAUCGGCAACCAGAGUAAUCGUAGUGGACAACAGUUAACAAUUCCCGGGAAAGUAAAUGACGCUGACCUGCCAGAGGUGACUCCCAAGAGCAGUAAAUUUACACCGAAGAAAAAUCCCGAUAUACCGAAAAUAUCGAACGUCGAAGAUAAAUCUAUCGUCUCCAGUACACGCCUUCGAGCGCGGCAAGCGCUGCAGCGAUUAGAGGAAGAGCGGAAACUGGAAGAGCAAAAGCUGGCAGAAGAACAAACGCGUUUGGAAGAGGAAAAGGUGCUCCAGGAAAAGGAGCGUGUUCUUAGAGCUAAACGAAUAGCAGCAUUCGAAAGGUACCUUAAGGAGAAAAGCGAAUUGGAGAAUCAAAUGGAUAGCGAUGAUGAAGACAUAUCUGUCAGUGAGGUCGAUGGAAACAGAAAGACGAAAGAAUGGAUGGAUGACCAACUAAAGGGAGAAGAACACGAUUCUGACAAACAAUCCUCACAAUCGGAUUAUGCUUCGUGUGGCUCCGAGAAAGGCGAAAGACGUACACGAGUACGAAACUAUGAACGUUUAGUAGGACCAAACAGGAAUCAAAUAGCGGCGAGGCAAAUCUGGCCUAAAAGGCUGCCAAUGUUUUCUGGCAAAGCAGAGGAUUGGCCGAUAUUUCUGAGUAGUUAUGAAACCGCCAACGAAGCUUGUGGCUUUACAAAUAUAGAAAACUUGAUAAGGCUACGAGAAAGUCUGUGUGGUGUUGCACGCGAAGCAGUUAUUUCAAAGCUGAUGUUUCCUCACCUCGUACCGUCUAUAAUAGAUACUUUACGACGGCUGUACGGACGGCCGGAAUUAUUAGUAAAAACAUUGCUAGCAAAGGCACGUCGUGUGGAAUCGCCAAAGCCCGAACGUCUUGAUACUCUUAUUAGCUUCGGAAUUACCGUACAGCAGCUUUGUGGCCACUUAGAAGCGGCGAAGCUAGAAUGCCACCUCACAAAUCCAAUACUACUUGAUGAACUCGUGGAAAAGCUCCCAGCAGCUAUAAAAUUGGAAUGGGUGCGAUUUAAGAGAACAUUCAAAAAACCGUCGCUGAAGCACUUCGGCAAGUUCAUGGAUAUGUUAGUGGUAGAUGCAAGCAAAGUCACCACUUUAGUACAACCGAAGGGCGAGUUUUCAAAAACCGAUAAAGCCAAAUCGAAGAAGAAGAGUAAUCUUCACAUGCACAGUGAUAAAAACGAACGAACGAGUGGUGGAACAGAGAGAUACCCUUGUCCUAUAUGCGGGAGAAAGGACCACCGAGUUCGAAAUUGCGAAAGGUUCAGACAAAUGAACUUGGAAGAACGGCUCAGAGCAGUUGUUCAUCAUAAAUUAUGCAAUGUUUGCCUGUAUGAUCAUGCUGCGUGGCCAUGUAGGUCGAGAUAUAAAUGCAACGUCGGGAGCUGCCGAGCUCGGCACCAUCCGUUACUUCACCGGCCAGAAACGAAUGUACAUACUACCUCGUCAGGAUGUCACGCUCACGGGCAAAAGGACAGAACGAUAAUUUUUAGAGUACUACCCAUUACAUUAUUUCACCGCAGUCGUAUUCUCCACACGUUUGGGUUUCUCGACGAAGGGUCGUCUUCAACGUUAGCGGAAUCAAGUGUAUUCCACAGCCUAGGUAUAACCGGAGAAUCAAAUCCAUUGCAACUAGUGUGGACGUCAAAUGUUGUGCGAAAUGAAGUAUCUUCUAAAUGUGCGGAUAUUAAAAUUGCAGGAAAAGGUCAGCAGCAGCAGUAUACACUGAAGUCCGUUCAUACAGUCAGCAGCUUAAAUUUACCAAAACAGAGUCUACCGAUAGACUGUUUAGUUCAACGAUUUGCCCAUCUCAAAGGAGUUCCCGUGUCAAUGUACUUGGACGCAGUACCUAAAGUGCUAGGCUUAGAUAAUUUGGGGUUGUUUUCUCCGAUCGAAAGUCGUAUCGGCGGUCCGGAAGAACCCAUUGCGGUAAAGUCGCUUUUGGGUUGGGCAGUGUAUGGUCCCAAUGGUGCAGAAAGGUCCAACUAUGGAAAUGUCAACACCCAUUCGUGCAAAUGCCAAGCAGAUGAACAAUUAAAUGAAAUGAUCCGGCAGCGAUUUGUUUUAGAGGAUGUGGGGGUAUCUCUAGCUCAACUGCCAGAACCGAUCGAGGAUAAAAGAGAUCGAGGAAUAUUGAGGAAAACAACAGUUCGUUUAAACGGAGGAUUCGAAUGUGGACUUUUAUGGAAAACAGACAGUGUUUCUUUUCCUGAUAAUAGAGUCAUGGCGAUGAGAAGACUAAUAUCUUUAGAAAACAAACUUUCAAAGAACCAAAAGCUCCGUGACAACGUACAUCAGCAAAUACAGGAAUAUAUUCGUAAAGGUUACGCUCACCGAAUCACCGAUGAUGAGCGUGUGGUUGCCGAUCCGAAUCGAAUAUGGUAUCUGCCACUUAACGUGGUCAUCCAUCCCAAAAAACCAGACAAAAAGCGCCUAGUUUGGGAUGCAGCUGCACAAGUUGAUGGCGUGUCACUGAACUCCCAAUUAUUGAAAGGGCCCGAUCUACUCACUUCGCUACCAUCAGUUAUAUGCAAAUUCCGUGAAAGACGAGUCGGAUUCGGGGGAGAUAUCAUAGAGAUGUUUCAUCAAAUCCGAAUCAAACCCGAAGACAAACACUCUCAACGAUUUCUCUUCCGGUUCGACCCUAAUCAACCACCUGAUGUAUACUUAAUGGACGUUGCCACUUUCGGAGCUACAUGUUCUCCAUGCUCCGCCCAAUAUAUCAUUCAUCUGAAUGCUGAUGAGUCAGCCCACGAGUUCCCCGAAGCAGUUUCUGCUAUUAAAUCCAAAACGUACAUGGAUGACUAUUAUGAUAGUACUGAUACAGUGACAGAAGCAAUUGAACGAGCGAUACAAGUCAGGAAAAUUCACGCGAGAGCGGGGUUCGAAAUGAGACAUUGGGUUAGCAAUAGUGUUGAGGUUUUGAAAGGACUCUAUGAAAUUGCGUGUCAAAAUCCACUAUCGUUGACCAGUGAACCGGACGGAGGUUGGGAGCGCGUUUUAGGAAUGAUGUGGGAUCCACGAGGCGACGUGUUCACAUUUUCCACCAAUUUUCAUACCGAUCUGUCCGCGUACGCCAACGGAACUCUUCGACCUUCGAAGAGAAUGGCGCUUAGGUGCAUUAUGAGUCUGUACGAUCCACUGGGAUUACUGGUCCCAUUUCUAAUACAUGGAAGAAUCUUAAUUCAGGAUCUUUGGAGAUCCGGAAUACAAUGGGACGAGGAGAUACGAGAUGCAGAAAACGAGAAGUGGCAUCAGUGGACGAAACUUCUUCCAAAGAUGGGAACGCUACAAAUUCCUCGAUACUACUUCGCAACCGCCAAUAGCAAUGCAUUGAAAUCUAUUCAGCUUCAUAUGUUCACUGAUGCGAGUGAAUCAGGAUACGGGUGCGCAGCAUAUUUUAGAAUAGUCGAUGGAAAUAAGGUGGUAUGUAGGCUUGUAAUGGCGAAAAGUAAAGUAGCUCCACUCAAACACCUGUCUAUCCCCAAACUAGAGUUACAAGCAGCUAUGUUGGGAGCGAGACUGAAAAAGUCUGUGAUCGAUUACCACACCUUUGAGAUUCGUGAAACUUAUCUUUGGACUGACUCGACUGCAGUACUUUCAUGGAUCCGGUUAGACCAUAGAAAAUACAAGCAGUACGUUGCUUAUAGAGUGGGAGAAAUUCUCACGCUCGCUAAUCUAGAUGAUUGGCGAUGGGUCCCCUCGAAAGAUAAUGUGGCCGAUGGUUUAACGAAAUGGUGUCGAGAUACUGAGCCAGAUUCGGAAGGAAGAUGGUUCAAUGGAGUACCUUUCCUGUACCUCACGAAGUUCAUCUCCAACUGUCGACGGUAUGUAGCAGGGCUACCCAUAGAAGUGUUGAAUCCGACAAAGAAGCAACUGCAAUAUGUACAGCGUCAAGUACCGUUCGUGAGGGCCAAUCUAAAUCAAGAAGAAUACAUUAAGGCAGAGCGAUACUUGUGGCGUAUUGUGCAAAGUGAUUACUAUCCCGAUGAGGUAAAGAUCUUGCUGAAUAACCGCGAAAAACCACCCGAAACCUGGCACAGACUAGAUCCAUCCAGUGAUCUCAAUAAACUUUCUCCGUUUGCCGACGAGUACGGCGUGUUAAGAAUGGAAGGCCGAACUGCGAAUGCAAACUAUGCAACCUUCGAUGCUCGAUUUCCAAUUAUAUUACACAAAGAUCAAAUAAUUACUUUUAAACUGUUGGAUCACUAUCAUCGUCAAUUCGGACAUUUGAAUAAAGAAACGGUUGUUAAUGAAGUACGACAGCGGUUUGAAAUUGCACAUUUACGACCAACUGUGGAUAAGAUUUUUCGAACGUGUCAGGCAUGCAAAAUAAAGAAAUGCAAACCUAACUUCCCGCGAAUGGCUCCACUUCCUGAGCAACGUUUAACGCCCUACGUUAAACCGUUUAGUUAUGUCGGAGUUGACUAUCUUGGACCCCUGGAAGUAACAAUUGGAAGACGCAAAGAAAAGCGAUACGUGGUAUUAUUCACUUGCUUAGUUGUUAGAGCCGUUCAUCUCGAACUUGCGUACGAUUUAACUACCGACUCUUGUAUACAAGCAAUUCGACGAUUUGUUUGUAGAAGAGGCCCACCUAUAGAGAUUUUUUCUGACAACGGAACAAAUUUCGCUGGAGCAAGCCGUCAACUGAAAGAACAAAUAAACAAAAUUAACGAGGGAUGUUCUGAAACUUUCACCAAUGCGAGAACUAAGUGGCUCUUCAACCCGCCCUCGGCGCCACACAUGGGCGGCGUAUGGGAGCGUAUGGUUAGGAGUGUGAAAGCAGCAAUGGGAGCGCUCGAUGAUGGUCGGAAACUGACUGAUGAAAUCCUACUCACAGUUCUAGCAGAAUCCGAAAGCUUUAUAAACACACGUCCCUUAACUUACAUGGCUCAAGGUGUAUAUGAAGGAGAAGCCCUUACACCGAAUCAUUUCCUCCUUGGUAGCUCAGCCGGGGUACAUGAUCCUUUGCGUCUUCCAGUUCGACUAGCUGAAGCAUUAAGAAGUAGCUACCAUAGAUCACAGUACCUGACAGAUUGUCUCUGGUCCCGUUGGUUAAAGGAAUAUUUCCCCACUAUGAAUAAGAGGUCGAAAUGGAUCAACGAUACGCGUCCGGUAGAAAUCGGCGACUUGGUGUACGUAGCGGAGGGUCAAAGGAGAUCGUGGAUUCGAGGCAAGGUGGAAGCAGUAAUCAAAGGAACAGACGGCCGAGUGCGUCAAGCAAUCGUUCAGACCGCGACCGGUAAACUAAAAAGACCGGUUAUAAAACUAGCUGUGAUGGAGCUUUGUGAACCCGAAAAUCAGCGUUAG